GUGUGUAUUUUAGUUCUCGACAGAGAUGAAAAGUAGGUAACAUUUUAUACAGGCACUUUUCGGGCACCCUUUGCGGUCUUCCGUCAACGUGUUUAAAGACCCCAUCAUGUCCAUGCUUGCAGAACCCCGGAAAAAACAGAAGUGGUCUGUUGACCCGCGGAACAGCGCGUGGAGUAAAGACGAGUCCAAGUUCGGCCAGAAGAUGCUGGAGCGAAUGGGCUGGUCCAAGGGAAAGGGCCUGGGGAGAACUGAGCAGGGCUCCACAGAACACAUCAAAGUCAAAGUGAAGAACAACCAGCUGGGGCUGGGAACCACUGCCAGCCACGAGGACAACUGGAUCGCCCAUCAGGAUGACUUCAACCAGCUCCUGGCAGACCUCAACAACUGCCAUGGUCAAAACACUGCCAAUGAAGCCCCAUCGGAGGAGAAACAGCAGGAGAAGUCCUUCAGCCUGGAGGAGAAGUCAAAGACGUCCAGGAAGAGGGUCCACUACAUGAAGUUCACCAAAGGGAAGGACCUGUCCAGCCGCAGCCAGACAGACCUGGCCUGUAUCUUUGGGAAGAGGGGGACGAAGCGCAUAGCCGAGGCCCAGGAAGAGGAGAGCAGUGGGCCAGACUCCCAGGGAAUGAACGAGAAAGAGACCAGGGCAGAUACAGCACUAGCUACAAAGGUUACGACCCCUGAACCUGAUGUAGAGGCCAUCACCAAGACAGUCACCAGCAACCUCUCCAUGCAGGAAUACUUUGCCCAGCGGAUGGCUCAGCUGAAAAAGGGUCGUGGCGAGGCUCCCACUGCAACCUCAUCACCAGAGAACAGUGAUACGCAGCAAGUCCCGGCUGAUUUUGUCACUGACCACACAGAGGAACUCACGUCAAAGAAGAAGAAGAAGAAGAAGAGGAGAAAGAGAGAGAGGGAAGAGGAUGAUGUGGUGGUGGUGAAGGAAGAGUGUGUCGUAGCUCCCGUGUCGGAGGGGCGCGAGAAGAAGAGAAAGGGGGAGAGGGAAGAGGAUGACGUGGUGGUGGUGAAGGAAGAGUGUGUCUUAGCUCCCGUGUCGGAGGGGCGCGAGAAGAAGAGAAAGAGAAAGCGGGCGGAGAAAGAGGUGUUGGCUGAAGACUGCAGCGCCACCACUGGCGUGGAGCAGAACUACCAGGACCGCCAAAUAGUAGACUUAACAACGGAGUGCGAGGUUGUAAAUAAGAAAUGGGGGGAGGAGGUGGUUGUCGUGGAGGAUGAGGUGAUCGUGGUAAAAGAGAAGACGUCUAAAAAGGACAAGAAGAAGAAAAAGAAGAAGAGAAUAGAUCUACAUUCUUUGUAGAACUAUUAGAACCGUCGUCUCAAAUGGCACCCUAAUCCCUUUGUAGUGCACUACUCCCAUAUGGCUCUGAUAUAAAGUAGUGCACUAUAUAUUAUUAUUAUAGAGAGAGAAUAGGGUGCCGUUUGGGAUGCACUAUAGUCCUCAGGUUUCUGUGUUACAGUACAGUAGACCUCUGUUCAUACAUGGAAGAACUGGGUCUGUGCACAGAGUGAUUCUCAUCGGGUAGUUUGGACUGAAUAUCUGCUGGAAACAAUCUAGGUGGUCCUACGUUUCUGGACCCAUUCAGGAUGAGUUUGGUGCUUUCCCAGAGAUACACUUUUAUAAUGAUCAUUGUGACUCUAUGUUCUCUGGAUGCCCCUGUAGUCUCCCUAAAGUCUCCCUGUAGUCUCCCUAAAUUCUCCCUGUAGUCUCCCUGUAGUCUCCCUGUAGUCUCUGCCCCCUGUAGUCUCCCUGUGGUCUCUGUCCCCUGUAGUCUCCCUCUGGUCUCCCUGUAGUCUCCCUGUAGUCUCCCUGUAGUCUCUGCCCCCUGUAGUCUCCCUGUAGUCUCUGCCCCCUGUAGUCUCCCUGUGGUCUCUGCCCCCUGUAGUCUCCCUGUGGUCUCCCUGUUGUCUCCCUGUAGUCUCCCUGUAGUCUCUGCCCCCUGUAGUCUCCCUGUAGUCUCUGCCCCCUGUAGUCUCCCUGUGGUCUCUGCCCCCUGUAGUCUCCUGUGGUCUCCUGUAGUCUCCUGUAGUCUCCUGUAGUCUCUGCCCCUGUAGUCUCCCUGUGGUCUCUGCUCCCUGUAGUCUCCCUGUGGUCUCUGCUCCCUGUAGUCUCCCUGUAAUCUCCCUGUAGUCUCCCUAAAUUCUCCCUGUAGUCUCUGCUCCCUGUAGUCUCCCUGUAGUCUCCCUGUAGUCUCUGCCCCCUGUAGUCUCCCUGUGGUCUCUGCCCCUGUAGUCUCCCUGUGGUCUCUGCCCCCUGUAGUCUCCCUGUGGUCUCUGCCCCCUGUAGUCUCCCUGUGGUCUCUGCUCCCUGUAGUCUCCCUGUAGUCUCUGCUCCCUGUAGUCUCCCUGUAGUCUCCCUGUAGUCUCUGCUCCCUGUAGUCUCCCUGUGGUCUCUGCUCCCUGUAGUCUCCCUGUAGUCUCCCUGUAGUCUCUGCUCCCUGCAGUCUCCCUGUGGUCUCUGCUCCCUGCAGUCUCCCUGUGGUCUCUGCUCCCUGCAGUCUCCCUGUAGUCUCUGCUCCCUGUAGUCUCUGCUCCCUGUAGUCUCCCUGUAGUCUCCCUGUAGUCUCCCUGUAGUCUCCCUGUGGUCUCUGCUCCCUGUCGUCUCCCUGUAGUCUCCCUGUAGUCUCUGCUCCCUGUAGUCUCCCUGCGGUCUCUGCUCCCUGUAAUCUCCCUGUAAUCUCCCUGUUGUCUCCCCGUAGUCUCCCUGUAAUCUCCCUGUAAUCUCCCUGUAGUCUCCCUGCGGUCUCUGCUCCCUGUAAUCUCCCUGUAGUCUCCCUGUAGUCACCCUGUAAUCUCCCUGUAGUCUCCCUGUAGUCUCUGCUCCCUGUAGUCUCCCUGUAAUCUCCCUGUAAUCUCCCUGUAGUCUCCCUGUAGUCUCUGCUCCCUGUAGUCUCCCUGUAAUCUCCCUGUAAUCUCCCUGUAGUCUCCCUGUGGUCUCUGCCCCCUGUCGUCUCCCUGUAGUCUCCCUGUAGUCUCCCUGCGGUCUCUGCUCCCUGUAAUCUCCCUGUGGUCUCUGCCCCCUGUAGUCUCCCUGUGGUCUCUGCUCCCUGUAGUCUCCCUGUAGUCUCUGCUCCCUGUAGUCUCCCUGUAGUCUCCCUGUAGUCUCCCUGUAGUCUCUGCUCCCUGUAGUCUCCCUGUGGUCUCUGCUCCCUGUAGUCUCCCUG